AUGGCCCUCUACGCUUUCGCCGCCGUGCUUCUCUGCUGGGUCCUGUGGGCUCAUCACAUGGCCUUUGGUACCCUGAGGAAGAACCCUCACCUGGUCGCCAACCCGGCCUUCUCCGCCACCGAAACCUACCUCCUCCGCCAGUCCAAAAUCGGAUGGGUGUCCAUGGCGAACUACGUCUUCUACCAGUUCGCGUUCGCUGCGAUCACCGUCAUACUCCUCGCCGGCUCCUUGCUGGGAAGGAUGAACUUCUACGCUUGGAUGUUUUGUUUUCACCUAAGCCCAUUUCCCCUUGUGAAUUUUUUCGAAUCAGAGAGGGGAAAGUGA